AUGGGACAAAAAAUAAAUCCACUUGGUUUCAGACUUGGUACAACCCAAAGUCAUCAUUCCCUUUGGUUUACACAACCAAAAAAUUAUUCCGAAGGUCUACAAGAAGAUCAAAAAAUAAGAGAUUUUAUUAAGAAUUAUGUACAAAAAAAUCUGAAAAUUUCCUCUGGCGUCGAGGGAAUUGCACGUAUAGAAAUUCACAAACGAAUCGAUCUGAUCCAGGUCAUUAUCUAUAUGGGAUUCCCAAAGUUAUUAAUAGAAAAUCGACCGGGAGGAAUCGAAAAAUUGCAGAUGAAUUUACAAAAAGAAUUUAAUUGUGUCAACCGAAAACUUAACAUUACUAUCACAAGAAUUGCAAAACCUUACGGAAGCCCUAAUAUUCUUGCAGAAUUUAUAGCCGGCCAAUUAAAGAAUAGAGUUUCUUUUCGAAAAGCAAUGAAAAAGGCUAUUGAAUUAACUGAACAAGCAGAUACAAAAGGAAUUCAAGUACAAAUUUCAGGACGUAUCGACGGAAAAGAAAUUGCGCGUGUCGAAUGGAUCAGAGAGGGCAGGGUUCCCCUUCAAACCAUUCGAGCUAAAAUAGAUUAUUGUUCUUAUACAGUUCGAACUAUAUAUGGAGUUUUAGGCAUUAAAAUUUGGAUAUUUUUAGACGGGGAAUAA